AUGAGUUCGAACAGAACAGCUUCGCAGGACAGCAGCAGGCUUGGCAGCGGUCCUCUCACGAACUCGAGCUCUACAAUCAAAGCACGGAAUCGGAAUGCAGCUCUCCGAGGAGCCACUCUAGCCUUUGGGAAACCUCCUGUCAAGCCGAAGCCGCAGAUACACAAUUACAGCGGGAACAAUGGAGCGUUGGCUGCGGCAACUUCUGUAGGGGGAACAAUAACAGGAGGCUCACGUCAGAGCACGAGGAACAUAAAUGCUUCGAGGUCAGAAGAUUUGGGAGGAGACCAGCGAUUGGCAUAUCAGAAUACUGGAUCCAGUGUUGGUAGCAGAUCAUAUACGGGAGGCCCGGACCGGAACAUGGUUCAGCAAAGGCAGAGCCAACUCGGUGCCAGAAAUAUCUAUCUCCAGCCUCCAGGAACACCUGCAGAUCAAUCGAGGUCUGCUUCUUUUAUAGCUGCCACCAUUGCAGCUUCACGGUCUGCAUCGAUAAGCCCCAACAUCACUGGCCAACAAGAAUCCUCUACUGCGAAACUGCGGCGGCCCGGGAAUUCUAGAACGCCGUCCGUGAGAAGUAUCAAUUCCUCGCGAAGCUCUGAUCAUGCUCUGGACACGACCCCAAUACCGCCCACAACGUCCUUGAUAGGGAUGUUCGAGCAGAAUGCUGCGUCUACAUCAACUGAAAAGCGGCCGACUGCUAGGAGGCCUGCUUCGGGUCCUCCGACAAAGGCAUCACGAAUCAAUGGAUCACCAUCUCCUAUGCGGAAUCGGACACCAUCACCACUGGCGAAUAAACCACGAAAACCGCCUGUGAAAUCUACAAAGCCGACUCUGGCAACAAUACAGAGUGUCUCCGGCGAAUCCGAGCCUCGAAAACCUCCCCCAACUGGACGGAAACCGUCAUUACCUAUCACAACUCCAAUACCCAUUCCUAUCCCAAACAAACCCAAAUUGCCGGAGGUCGCAACCGCACUUGAUGAUGACGAUGCAGCAUCAGACGACUCCUUCGUCUCAGUAUCCGACUACCAACCUUCGGACUACCAGCCAUCCUGGCGCGCUGAAAUCGCCGCCCAGAACCGGCGUCUCCAAUCUCAAUCCCAUGCCAACCACUCCAACCCCUCCGUAACCGUCAAUUCCCUCGCAAAUGCAAUCGUGGCCUCCUCGCUGGCCUCCUCCCGCGCAGCAUCACCCUCAAAAUCCUACGCCUCGUCUCUCCACCCACCUCCACCGCCUCCGCGGAGAGGCAACCGCGGCGGACUCUUCCACCACAGCGCGAAAGAGAACGACCCAUCACGCACACCCAGCCCUGCCAAGCCCGCCGUCCUACGCACCACAAUGCGGAAACCAAAAUCUAAAGAAGAGAUCGAUGAGGGUUUACAGCGACGAGGCAAGAAGAAGUUCGUUAAGAAGCACCCAAAUAAACAUCAUGAAGGGGACAGGAAACGCUGGCGAGAUGCUAUCACGGAACGAGAACGAAAAAGAUAUGAAGCCGUCUGGGCGUCGAAUAGAGGGUUAUUUGGUUCAGGGUUGCCUGGAGAUGAAGAUUCAGUUCCGAGUGUUGCUGUCAGGGACAUAUUUUCCCGGUCGAGGUUACAUGACGAUGUUUUGGAAGAAGCGUAUGAGUUGGUCGAUAGAGGCAAGAAUGGGAGACUGGAGAGGGAGGAGUUUGUUGUCGGGCUUUGGUUGAUUGACCAAAGGCUCAAGGGAAGGAAACUUCCCAUUCGCGUGUCUGACAGUGUGUGGAAAUCGGCUGGGGGGAUGAGUGGCCUGAAGGUUAAAAAGGUUAAGAAAUAA